UAGUCUUUAGUAUUGGACUAAACUUCCAAGCGAUUGGAACCCUGGCCUUUGCUUGUCUUUCAGAUUCAACUCCAAGGGACACCUGGGACACCUUUCGGAUAACCUAAUUAAAUUUUGAAUUGAUAACUAAUUGAACUGUUUGUGCAUGCUGAUUUCUGUCGAGCCUUCUUGUCCGAACACUAUUUCAAAACCGUCCCGGUCAAACACUUUCAGAUACACUUGUGACGAAGGAUUCGCGUUCCCAGAUGAAACCAAUGAAAAGACCUUAACAUGUGGAACCGACGGACAAUGGACACCUUCAGAGCCUGGCGAUUGUUCAAGGGUGGCUUGCGAUGGAGAGCCGCCAAUUCCAAUGGCUUCUCUGAACUUGAUUCGCCAGGAUUGGAAGUCAGGAAAGUUCGCCAAGUUCGGAACGAGCGUCUCGUACCAAUGCAAACCGCAUACUCAAGUGGCUGAAGGGAUCACGCAUUUCAAUCUCACGUGCACGGAUGAUCAGGAUAAAGGCGUGUUCAUUGGAGAGUACUACAAUUCUACCCUUACACAGCCUUUUGGGGCAUGUUUGGAAGUUGCAACAUGUCCUCCUCCUGAUGCAAUUGAGAAUACCGUUCAAAAGAGGAACCCAUACUUUUCGGAAUGGUCGAACCCGGGAUAUUGGAGAGCAACUUAUUCCGAGGCUCCCAAUAUUAUAAGCUCACCAGCCUUUGCCAUCGACGGGAAGAUUGACCCCCAAAACCCUGAAGUCAUGCCGUUCGCUGCCAAUGGCAGUGGCUUUCUGACCAUCGAUCUGGUUGAGAAUUUUAUAAUCGAAAAAGUGAGGCUUCAUUUCAAGGAAUCGAGUACUUCAAAGAUGCUACAAGUUGCCGUGAGCGUUUCUUCACAUUCCAAUCAACCUUGUGGAUCAACGGGAGACAAGGCCCCGUCCUCGAUGCAUGAAUUUGUUUGCAACAUCCCUUACAUUGGGUCCAAGCUCGGAAUUGUCAAAUCCAGUUCUGGACCUCUAGCAAUUGAUGAGAUCCUCGUAAUCGGGACUCGCUUCUCGGUUCCAAUGGAUUCUACACAGCUGUCUGUGCAACCUGAAAACGCCCCAAAGGAGAAGCAAUUCAAACUUAUCCUGGGAGAUGAAGGCUCUCCUCACGUCGUAUAUGGGGUUGGUUUCACUCUUGCAAAGGAUCAGGCGACCAGUCAAGAAUCAGAAUUCCCCUCUGUGGAAGUCACAAUAACCAAUCAAGCUGGAGCCAAGUGCCAAAGCACUACUCAUCCUGGCUUUGCUGGCGAGCAAUUGGUAGUUUGUGAUGAUUCAGUUGAGGCUACUGAGUUGACAAUCGCUCUGGAAACGUCUGAUUCAAUCUUAACCACCAACUUCUUUGUCCGCCUUGUUGGUUGGAAGGAUGAAGCGCGAGGAUUUGAUACUUGUUAUGAAAUGUUUUCAAAGGGUCUGACCGCCCCAGGUUGGUACUUCCUUGGCAGAUCGAAUGAGAAAAGGUCGUACGCUUUUUGCAGCGACGGGCAAACAAGAAUUCUUAGAAGGCUCCAAAGCGGAAAUGACAAGGACGUCUUCAACAAAGAAUUUGAAGCAUAUCAAUCUGGGUUCAAAGAGAAUGAGGAGUAUUUCAUUGGCACCGAUUUCAUGUACCGUUCUAGCACUUGGUACACAGUCGUUGCAUCAAUCAGAAUGAAAGACACAUUUGGGCGGGAGAAACGAAUAAACUUAGUUUGUUCCACAUCAAGAAACUUUGCAAUCUGGAUUCAUCAGCAAUGGAGCAUUGGUGUCUUUCGAAUUAUGGACGUUCUAUCAAUGCACAAUGGUAUCCCGUUGGCAACUAUAGACCAACCAGACGCCGAUGGCUGUGUCGCUUCUCUUAACGCUCCGGGAUGGUUUCGGAAUGACUCAAGUCGUUGUGCUUAUGCAAACCUAUUUGGAACAAACCUGAAUUCACAUGAAGCUGAGGCAGGAAAGGGCAUCUUCUUCAGCUCCUUCAGAGGAUUCAGCAACUCUUUGGCAGAGUUGGAAUUCUCUGUCUUCUCUGGGAUUACUUCCAACCAGUUUUCUCCAUCAACCCAAGCUAUAAUGACCACUUUCAAAACAGAAGUGGAAUACCACUGCCCGGACGGCAUGUCGUUUACAGAUGAUUCUGGGUCCGACAUCACACCCAAGUUAACUCUAACGUGUCAAUGGAGUGGCAAUUAUUCAAGAUCACACGAGGGUGAUUUAAAAUGUGCUUAUACUCAUUGUACGGAUCCUCCAAUAGACGAUCAAAACCUAGUGACAACCAAUUGGGAUGGUCAAAAAGUUCCUGUGGGCGGGGUUGUCCAAUACCGCUGCAUUGAUGGAAUGAAAUUCAACCACAACCGGAGCUUGGAGUAUGUAGAAAUCACUUGUCAAACUGGCAACAAAUACAGUGAAGUGCCAACUGUAGAAUGUGUUCACAACAUCACUUGUCCGCAACUGGUUGAACCGCCCAAUGAUUUGGAAAAAGGCAACUUGGUGGUCUCAAAUCGUGGAACAUUGUUUGGAACCUGCAUUGGAAACCAAGCGUUCCAACAAUUCCAAAGCACUCCGGCAUGCCCAGAAUUGGAAGUUUAUGUUUAUGACGAGAAGUAUCUGUCAGAGCAUGAGGUCAUUAGUAUUGUGGAGUUAAAGGCUAAUCUUUCGGGCGAGGCCGAAUUCUUUGGGGCUGAAGUCAUAUUUUCCCACGAGGUCUUGACCGAUACUAUCGUGAGCGAUGACUUGGUCAAGUUUGAACAGGGUACCAAUCAGCGGCAUCUUCGACUGACCUUCAUGGCUGACAAAUUGAAGGGUCAGACCUCGACUUUGAAAGCCAAGUACAAGCCCAUUUUCUCAGAGACCUUAUGCAUUUAUGAUGCAACCUGUUACAAGACCCAGGAGGAGAUGGACCAAGCCUCGAGUUUAUCCACCCUCGGUGGAACAUUUGACCCAUCGCAAAGUUUGAUGCGUGCUGAGUCGGUUGUCAAUUAUACCUGUGGAGGCUCUUCGGCCUUUGAAGGCUCAACAGACGAUGUCACGAUUUCCUCUAUUGCUUCAACCUGCCAAUUGGACGGGACGUGGGACAAUCCAUUGGUCAACGAAGGAUUGCCCAAAUGCAAAUGGGUCAGUUGCAAUGUGCCAGUAGGAGCGGAGCAUAACCUUAAUGCUUCGGAGUGGAAUGGCGAACCCAUUCCAUUUUAUACCCAAUUGAAUUAUUUCUGUCCAAAUGGAGGAAAGUUCAAGGAGAGCUUUGAGCUCGAGUCGCAAAACGCCACGUGCUUGCCAGAAAAUAAAUGGUCAACUCCCUCUGAGUGGCUUGAAUGCUCCAAGGAGGCUCAAUGUCCAAAGCCACCUGCCGAGCCAACAAACGGCGAAGUUGUGGUCCUUCAUGGAGGUCGAAUAUAUAAUGAUCAACAUGGUGAACCCUUUGACCUGGACGCUGGAGAGCUUGGCAUGGCGAAUUUCAAUUGGACUGAAACAGUUUACUUGUCCACUCUUGUUAUUCACUCGGCGAAAUUGGAGAUCAAGGACCAUAAAAGCGACUUUCAUGCUUUCUUGAUCUUUUCAAGCGAUGCCUCACCAGCUGACGUUUUUGCCAAAUCCGAGGCUGGAACAAUGGCACUUAAAACGACCUCCGCCCCAAAUAUCUUGAGCUUGCACAAGACCGAGUCUAAGGAAAAUGUGUCGACUGUGGUCAUUGAGCUCACCCUUAAUCAAAAAAUUCAGAAGACCACACCGGGUCGAGUCCUGGUUUUGGAUCCCAUCAUUGAAUUGGUCAAGCUCGUUGGACAGGCCUGUUCAGGAGCAGAAGAUUGUGAUAAAAAGCAGAACGACUUCAACUUAUUUGAACACUUCCAACCCACUCAUCACGCGGCUCAUCUCAAUUAUAAAUGUCCGUUGGCUUUUUGGUUUGAGCCCAAGAACGUCACUGAACAAGAAAUUACGUGCAAUUGGAACAGGACUUGGAGUGACUCCAUUCCUGAAUGUGUUCCUUACGGUUGUGCCCAUCCUCCCAAACCAGAUGCAACGCUCAACAUCACAAUGGACACAUUCCCCGAAGAUAAAGUCUUUGAUUUUGGAGCCAAUGUGACCUAAACAUGUAAAAGUGGUCAUAAAUUCGAUGACGACUUCCUUCGUGAGAAAUUUGAGCUAACUUGUCAACGAAAUGGAUCAUUCACCAAUCACUUGCCGUGGAACUUUUGCAUCAAACCCUCAGAUCGCACUUGCCACGAUCCACCUGAGCCAAAGCAAUUACCAACCAUUGGAGGAGCGACCUACGAUUGGGACAACACAUCUAUAGCCAAUAAUGGCACGAUCUUUGGCACCAUCAUAACUUAUAGAUGUGAAAUAGCUAGA